GGUGUUUGCCUUGCUCUUCCCAAUCCCACUAUUCUCUUCCGGGGUCUUCCCACUGCAAAGACUUAUCGCUUCGUUCUCAUCGGGGUCUCCUUCAAGGGAGGAGAGAGAGAGAGAGAGAGAGAGAGAGAGAGAGAGAGAGAGGAACUUUUAUACACACACAUAUGGAGGUUGUUGGGGGAUUUUAAUAUAGGAAAGAGAAUUCAAUAUUAGGGUUCAUGUGAAAUGAAAUGAACUUCAUUUCUAUCGAAUUCAUUUGAGAAAGCCUCACUGAAUAAUUAUCUUAUAAUUCUGUCUCUCAAUUUCUCUCUCUAGAAGUCAAUGGGCGAUCGCGCCGACCAUGCCCCUCUCAUCCCUCCUCCGAUCACCGACCCCAACGAGAUCGACCUCGAAGCCGGUCCGGGCGAACAAAUUCAGUGCCGAAUUUGCCUUGAAACUGAUGGUAGGGAUUUUAUUGCUCCUUGCAAGUGUAAAGGAACGUCAAAGUAUGUUCACAGGCAAUGUCUGGAUCAUUGGCGAGCUGUGAGGGAGGGUUUUGCAUUUGCUCAUUGCACAACCUGCAAGGCUCCUUAUCAUCUAAGAGUCCAUGUUCUUGCUGAUAGGAAAUGGCGAACCUUGAAAUUUCGAUUCUUUGUGACUAGAGACAUUUGUUUCAUAUUUGUCUCCGUUCAGCUUGUGAUUGCUUCUUUGGCAUAUCUGAUGUAUCUAAUUGAUGGCUACCGGAAGUUUUGGCUUCGUCUUGCAUGGGGUUUUGAUAGCGCUCUUAGUUUCUACUAUAUAUGUGGGGCACUGUUGUUUUUUGCUCUAUUGGGGUUAUCUGGUUGCUUCAUAACUUGCUAUGAUCGAAGAGUGCGGAACGAUCUGGCUCAGCCAUGUAGAGAAUUGUGUCUUUGUUGCUGUCAUCCCGGAAUGUGUGCAGACUGCCAUUUGCCGGGGACUCUUUGUAUGUGGACUGACUGUACCACAUGCUUUGAAAGUUGCGCAAGUGCAGCUGGUGAAUGUGGUUGCUUCGGAGGUGCUGGUGAAGCUGGGCUGCCAUUGCUGUUUGUUAUGGCUCUGAUCGUGCUCGGGUUGUUUACUGUAAUUGGCAUAUUCUACAGUGUACUGGUGGCAACAAUGGUUGGACAAAGGAUUUGGCAGCGACAUUAUCACAUACUCGCUAAAAGGAUGCUAACAAAAGAAUAUGUUGUUGAGGAUGUUGAUGGAGAGAUGACUGGAUCUGAUUGGUCUCCCCCACCUCUCCCACCUGAGCAUGUUCAACAGCUGAAAACACUUGGCCUUCUAUGAACCUAAUGAAGAAUCACAGUGACUGAGUGAAUGCAGCAUGUGGAGGUGGACUGGAGCUCUAAUUAAUCUUAGGUCAGUCUUUUUUGUGGCCUUUUGAAUCGAAUGCAAUCUAGUCCAGAGGAAAAUUGUUAUAUCUUAUUCAGCAGCUGAGUUAAGAAAUUCCCAUAUACAUUUGAUGAUGUCCAGUUAUGUGAAUAAAUCUGUGAAUCGCACCUUUUGCCUUUGUCUGCCUGAGAAAACUGUAAUAUGGAUAAUCUGUUUAGAUGGCGGGAAAAAGAGAGGACAAUUUUCCAUAGGAAUGCCUUCUGUGCUGAUGUUUUUUGGAAA